AUGUCAGUGAUUGAGAAGGGGGAGUCAAGUGCUCAGAGGAAGGCCAAUUAUGCCAGAAGAAAAAACACCCCAUGCAGCGAAUCCAUCGCGCUCCCACGUCCAGACCUAGCAAACUCAACCUCUGAAUGUCCCACUUUAAUCUCUCGGGUCGCCGAAGAUGAUUCAUCUGAUGGCGACCCUCCGACGAACAAGACGAAUUACAUUGUUGGUAUCGAAGAGGACAUCGAAUUUUUACAAAGCGGCAUCGUGGGCGAUGAGCCGACAGCAGCCGAAUUGAUGGAUGAUGAGUACUACAUGUUUCGCAACGAAGGGUCCGAUCAUGACAACAUGGAUGAUGAUGAGGAAGGGAGCAUGUCGUCUGCUAUACCUAGCGAGGUUGAUCCAUUAGAAUUUGUCUCUGAGACCGACGGGUUCUGCUGUCGCAAUGGCCAGAUCAAACUUAAACAACCGGAGCCAAUCCCAGAGCUGAUGAGGCUAUGGUCAAGCAUGGAUGCAGAUUCUAGACAUUUUCGGGAGAACAUACGGUUCUUCAACGGGCAUUUCGCCUUCACAACCCUUGGCGUCAGCCUUGAUGAGAACUACACAAACAUGAAGUCUGGGGUGUACACAUUCCGUGCGCACGGCUCCAUCUACCACAAUGUGCAUUCGUUCGGGCCUAGCUCCCGUCCAGAACAUCUGCAGUUGUACUUCUAUGAUGACGACCCAACCAUAACUCAUCGUAAGGUGGCCACCAAGCAAUUAGACCAGGAUGUCGUGAAGAAGUUAGUAGACAUACUCAAAGAAAACCCGUACUCCCAGCAAUUUAGGAGUUUGGGUGCACACAAGGACAACCUCGAUGAUUAUAGGAUAGACCUAAACACCGAUAAGAGGCUUGACCAAAGAAGAUAUAAUAGACCGUUGUCAUCUGAGGUCGCUGCAAUUUGGGUUGAGGGCAACGACCUAGCAAAAAGGUUUGACCGGAGGAUAACACUUUGUGGUAACAACAACGAAAGGCAUAGUAUACGUGUGACCUCCGGAGCAUAUGACCCGUUGUCUUAUCCCCUAUUCUAUCCAAGGGGGGAGCUAGGUUGGCAUCCAAAGCUACUUAAACGUAAUGUAACGGAGGAGGUUGUACUACAUUCUCAACUGGUCCAUGAUGAUGAUGAGGAUGCAGAGGGCAACAGCAGGUUGUGCGUCUCUGUCAGAGACUACUACUGUUACAUGCUGCAGACCCGGCCUGGAAUCUUCAAUCCCAUACUCUGUGGAGCACGCCUCUUGCAGCAAUGGGCGGUCGACAUGUACGUCAAGAUUGAAAGUUGUCGGUUGAGGUGGUACAGGAAAAACCAAUCGCAGAUUCGUGCCGACUUGUAUAAAGGAGUUGUUGAUGCAAUCACAUCGGGGGAGACGCGAGCAAGCGUUGUUGGGGUACGAAUAGUGCUCCCUGGAACAUACCCUGGUGGCGACCGCGACAUGAAGAAGAGGCAUAUGGAUGCCAUGGCAAUUGUCCAUACAUACGGGAAGCCUGACAUCUUCUUGACCAUGACUUGCAAUCCUAAAUGGGAAGAGAUAACGAAUGAGUUGCUGCCUGGUCAGACGGCGCAAGACCGACCUGAUAUUGUGGCUCGUGUGUUCUACGGCAAGCUAGAGGCUAUGAAGGACAUGUUGUUCAAGAAGCAUAUCCUGGGUGUUGUUGUCGCAUAUGGGAAGGACUCGUACCCAAUUUAUCGGCGUAGAGACGAUGGAAGGCGUGCUAAGGUCCGAGGGAAGAUGUUGGACAACAGAUGGGUUGUGCCUUAUAACCCAUACCUGCUCCGGAUGUUCAAUUGCCACAUCAACGUUGAGGUCUGCUCCAGCAUAAAGGCCGUCAAAUAUCUUUACAAGUACAUUUACAAGGGCCAUGAUAAGGCUUCUUUCAGCAUCGACCAUCCCGACGCCGAUGGUAACAUUGAUGAGAUCAAGAGAUAUGUUGAUGCAAGGUGGAUCACCCCUCCGGAGGCUAUGUGGAGGAUAUUUGCCUUUCCACUUUGCGCCAAUUACCCACCUGUCUUGCAGUUGCCUCUUCAUCUCCCGAAUAUGCACAGGGUCGCAUUCAAUGCGCAGGCUGACUUGAAGAAUGUUGUCGCCUCCGAAAAUAAUUCAAAAUCCAUGUUAACGGAGUAUUUCAAGGCUAACCAGGAACACCCUCAGGCUAGGCAUAUAUUGUACAAGGAUUUUCCCGGAAGCUUCACGUGGCAGAAGAAAAAGAAGUUUUGGAAGCCGCGGGUCGAGCGUUUUCAAAUAGGUCGCAUCGUGUCUGCCAAUCCUGCCGAGGGUGACCGAUACUACCUGCGUGUGUUGCUAAACCAUGUUACGGGCAAAAGAUCCUUCGACGACUUGCUCACCGUGGACGGCGUUCUAUGUGGGAGCUUUAGAGAAGCUGCUGAAAGGUUGGGACUCAUCGAGGCAGACAACACGCUCGACAACUGUCUUACUGAGGCUGAGCAGUGGGCGAUGCCAUGUUCUCUUAGGAGGCUCUUCGCAACCAUCUUGGUGCACUGCGAGCCAGGCGACGUGCGUGGUUUAUGGGAUAGGCACCUCGAUCCUAUGUCAGAUGACUAUCGUCGAUCACGCACGUCCCCUAUCGAGGUGGAGCAGAUGGUGUUGCUUGACAUUAGGGGUAUGUUGCAGUCCAUGGGUAAAGACAUUGUUGAUUUCGCUCUUCCAAGCAUAGAUGAUGCGUUUGACCCAACCGAGGGUGAGGCAAGAGAGGUCAUCGAGGAAUCAACUGUUGAGUUUGACGUGGAUGAUAUUAAAUUGGCAUCUUCCCUGAACUUGGAGCAGAGGGCCGCAUACGACGAGAUACUAGCGGCUGUUGAACGCGGUGAUGGGGGUGUAUUCUUUGUUGAUGGCCCUGGAGGUACAGGGAAGACCUUUCUAUACAAGGCGAUGCUUGCCAAGGUGAGGAGCGAUGGCAAUAUUGGUAUCGCUACCGCGACGUCGGGCGUCGCCGCUUCUAUCAUGCCUGGCGGCAGGACUGCCCACUCGAGGUUCAAGAUCCCAUUGAGUUGCGAGGAUGGAGCCUCGUGCAGCUUCACGAAGCAGAGUGGGACCGCCAAGCUGCUUAGGAUGGCCUCAUUGAUAAUAUGGGACGAGAGGCCAGCAUGA